UCAUCGUCUAACAAUUUAGACGAACACAUCCUAGUAAUUGAAAAGUUGAAACCCUAGGAGCAAGGAAGACAGAAGUAGCAGAAACAGAAAACAUGGCGGGUGAUAACCCAAAAUCAUCCUCCAUUAACAAGCAUCGACCUCCUCCUUCCGAACGCAAAUCACGCUGGGAAUCUGAUAAAAAAUCAUCAGGAACAGGAACAGGAUCAGGAACCCCCAUCAAUAAACCUUCUGCAAGUGACUCAAGAUCUCUCAACGCCAAGAAUAACACCACAACAAGGAAUUCUUCUGAUAAACCUACUCCUACUCCCAUCCCCACUCCCAAGCAAGGUCUUAAUCCAAGCCCAUCUUCACACCCAAAUCCAUCUUUUCCGUCUCCUAUUGGUCCACCACCUCCUCUUCCGCCUCCUACUUAUGGCUUUCAUAUGCUUGAUCAUCGCACAAUUAUUCUUGCCGAUGGUACUGUUCGUUCUUAUUUCGCUUUACCCCCUGAUUAUCAAGAUUUCCCUCCUCCCCUUCCCCAAAUGCGCCAUUUUGGCCCAAUGAGCCUAGAUGGUUUUCAUAAUAGGGGUGAUUCAUUUGGGUCUAAUUCUAUGUCUAUGAAGAGGAAAUUUCCGUAUGGGGAGGACAGAGAUGGAGAUGAUUUUGCUCGCCAUAAACAGCAAUUAUUGCAGUAUGGCAACGCCGGUGCUAAUUUGGGUUCAGGUACUAGUAGUCCCUUUAAGAGGGAUUCAAUGUAUAUGAGGGGUGAUGCUAGUUUUGGUACUGCUGCUCGGGAUGGUGUUGGAUUGUUUCACAGUACUAGUAAUAAUAGUGAGGGUAUACCUGUUGAUCCUGCUAUCAUGAAGGCAUGUCUUCAUUUUGUUAAGUUAAUUUACGAGAACAUAAAUCAGCGAAAGAAUUACUUUGAGAAUGGCAAGUAUGGACCUCUUCAAUGUCUCGCCUGUGGCAGGUCUUCAAAAGAUUUCCCAGAUGUGCAUGCCCUUAUUAUGCAUGCUUACAACUCAGAUAAUGCUGAUUUGCGUGUGGAUCACUUGGGCUUGCACAAAGCUCUCUGUGUUAUUAUGGGAUGGAAUUACUUGAGGCCUCCUGAUAUCUCCAAGGCCUAUCAACUUUUGCCUCCUGAAGAAGUGGCUGCAAACCAGGAUGAUCUGAUUAUGUGGCCACCCUUGGUGAUUAUUAAUAAUACUAAUACUGGAAAGAGUAAAGAGGGGCGCAUGGAGGGUUUGGGAAAUAAGGCAAUGGAUAGUAAACUUAGAGAUCUUGGAUUCCCCGUGGGCAAGUCAAAGUCUUUGUUUAGUAGAGAUGGUCAUCUUGGCAUUACUCUUAUUAAGUUUUCUGGUGACCAGUCUGGCCUAAAGGAGGCCAUGCGAUUGGCUGACCACUUCGAGAAGGAGCACCAUGGGCGUAAAGAUUGGGCCCAUGUACAAUCUAUAGCUUCUGGCAGGGAUGAGGAGAGUGAUCCGAAUCUUGUGUCGGUAGAUCAGAGGACCGGGGAAAAGAGGAGAAUAUUAUAUGGAUAUCUUGCUACAGCUUUUGACCUGGACAAAGUGGAUUACGACACACGAAAGAAGGCUACAAUUGAAAGCAAGCGUGAAAAACUCAAACCAUCAAAGUGAUUUUUAGGUAUGGCUCUGGACCAUUAUUAUUUUCUGUUAUGGAACCUUUUUUGGGUCGGUUAUCUCUUGGGUUGGGGUGGCGUUUGAGGAUCUAUUGAUUUGUCUUUCUAAGCUGGGAUGUGAGUAAGUUAGGGGUUAACUUCUUCAAGUUCACCCGAAGACGUGCAUUUGAUACUUGUGCUCUGGUUUCUUUUCCCUUUUUCCAUUUUCUUUGUGAAGAUAGAAUGUAAAUGCACAUCUUCUUGAUAAUGUUUGACUUCUCAGGCUCUUAUUUCGUCGCAGCUGUACGGCUCUACCAAAAUGAUUUGGUAGCUGUUCCGCGUAUCUGACACAGGCCAAAAGUUGAUGAUGCGAUGCAUCAAGAAUAAUCUCUGAUACAUUUACAAAGAUGCUUCCAUUUUCUUUUGUUUAAUCAGCUAUUCAUCCUUGGCUAAAUUUGUGUGUUUCUUGACCAGCCUAGAAUUCUCUAGCUCUUCAAGUAACCACCCCCUCUCUUCUCCAAGGAGUUUCUCUUGGUUUCUAAAUUGUAUUUUUCACUUCUGAUUUUUUUUUGUAUUACUUUCCAUCCUUAUUGAGUUCUUCAUUUUGCCCAUAUCUGCAUUGGUCUCAAAUUCUCAACUUGUAUAACAUUCACCAAUUCAUGUUGGCCGAGUAGGAAGAACCUUACUUUUCAAUUUUUAUCAUAUUUUGACAAAUUAAAUGGUCA